UGCAGUGACCUCAGUGAGGUCACAUGAGAAUGGGAGCAGGUAGGAGUAGACCAGAAUUUUCUCUUUGAUAAUAAUGUAAGAAGCUCCUUCAGUGCUUCUUUCAAGGCCAUGUUCAUCAUUGGCUUUUGCUUGCUUGAUGCUUACCGUUUCAUAUUGUGGCUUUUCUUCAAUUUUCCAACCAUGUUUUUGAAAAUCUUUCACACCACAUUUUCUUUCUCUCGUCUUCCCUUCAUGUGGUUGUCUCUCCUGACCCUUCUCUCAGAAGGACGAUGCGACGUAUGCGCUGUCGCUCCAGGACAAUCUGUCUGUCCUUGGCCUUCAUCACCAUUUUCCUCCACCUCCUCCUGGCGUUUGUCUCUCUGCCCAUUUACUAUCAGCCCUGCGACCCCCUGCUGCCACCCAGGACACACAUCCUGAGAGACCUGGCACUCAAUGGCUACACCUCUGUGGGGAUCAGUGGUCCGGCUGAGUCACCAACCGAUGCCCAACGAAAAGAUUAUUCCGAUAAAGAUGCCAAUAAGGAUGCCAAAGGUCAUGUGCAAACACCUUCUGCGGUGGAGUCUGGGCUCUCAAAACUGGAGGCGCUGUUUGACCAUCCUCUUUACAAUAUGCCCAGCCCUCCCAUCCCCGAGGACGACUGGCUGCUGAAAAUGAAACCAAAGAUCAAGGAGAGCGAGAAGAGCUCCCUGAUGUGGGUGAGUGGCAGUCAGGAAGGCUACGAGAACGUGCAGUGGAACAGCAGCAGCACCAGCCACCCUCCUUGGCUACGCUUCCACCUGGGCAUCUCACGCUGGCAACUAUACCCCCAUCCUGACCCCAACAUGGAGUCGCUGACCCAGCAGCUCGCCACGCACCGCAUCGUCAGUGCAGUGCAGAAGUCUGGAGGGACGCAACUGAAGCUGGUGAUGUCAUUUCCCAACUAUGGACAAGCCAUGUUCAAACCCAUGAAGCAGGAGAGAGAUGAAGAAACCAACUACGACCUGUAUUACUUCUCAGAUUUCGAGAGACACAAUGCAGAAAUUGCAGCUUUUCACCUGGACAGGAUUUUGGGUUACAGGAGAGUCCCACCAGUGGUUGGGAGGCUGGUCGAUGUCGUCAAGGAGAUCAAAGAUGUCACCACAGACCGCAAGCUGGCCCGAACCUUUUUCUCCUCCCCUGUGGGUAGUGUGUGUUUCUACGGUCAGUGCACCUACUACUGUUCGACAGAGCACGCUGUGUGUGGCCGCCCCAGAGACCUCGAGGCCUCCUUGGCUGUCAUGCUGCCCGAUCUCUCCCUGGCGGUCCGCAGGAGCUGGAGAUCCCCCUGGAGACGCUCCUACAGCCGCAGCAAGCUGGCAAAGUGGGAGACAGAACCAGACUACUGUUCAACGGUGAAAAAGACGCCACCAUACAACAAAGGCACCAGACUGGUGGACUUCAUGGAUUUGGUCAUACUGGACUUCUUGAUGAGUAACAUGGACAGGCACCAUUAUGAAACUUUUGAGAAGUUUGGCAACAAUACUUUCCUAGUACACCUUGACAACGGGAGGGCAUUUGGACGUCACUCCAAAGAUGAGCCUUCCAUCCUCGUCCCUCUGGAGCAGUGUUGCAGAAUCCGCCGCUCCACCUGGCUACGGCUGCGUCUGCUGUCCCUGCCACAGUAUCGUCUCAGUGAUGUCAUGAGGACCUCGCUCUCCCAAGAUCCUCUUCACAGUGUGGCUCCAUUGCUGUCAGAGCCCCACCUCGCUGCUCUGGAUCGCCGCUUGAAAACUGUGCUGGAGACUGUAAGUCGUUGCCAAAAGACACCGAGUGAGGACAGUGGUGAUGAUGUCAUUUAUGACGACAUUUCCAACUUUAAAGACAUGGUCACACCUGCGGGGUAGGACAGUCUGCACCUCUUAUAUGUUACAAUAUCAAUGUAUAUGAUUGCAUAUCACACUGGUACGUGCAAAA